AUGGAGCAAGGACCAGCUUCAACACAAUCCACGCGAUAUAAUGUGCUAAUUCCUAUAUAUGAUCAAUUCAACACACUGGACGUCAAUGCCCCCUUCGAGAUUUUGGGCAAUGCCGCGCUGCCUACAGGAGAAUCUAAAAUCUUCAACAUCUUUGUUACAGCUGAAAAAACCAAUACCCAAUCCUACGAAGGCGCUACACUUGUAGCGAACCUGGGAUUCGAUGAAGCCAUUAGCAUGGUAGAAGCCGGGAAUGUCGACGUCCUGAUUGUGCCUGGAGCUGGACCUGAAGCCAUUGGCGAAGUAUUGAAGACUAUUGGAGAUCCUCGAGGGAUUUUUGGCGUGAUAGAUGCAUUCCUGAGACAUGGCAGCAAGAAACACCCAUCUCGACCUACUCCCUGGUUGGUAUCAAUCUGCACUGGAGCGCUUAUCAUAGGAAGCGCGGGUUCAUUUGUCGGGUUGACAGCCACAACACACUGGGGAGGAAUAUUGAACUUGCAGAAGAUCUGUACUGCUCAAGGGGGACCUCCAACUACGAUUGUUCGCAGGCGUUGGGUCGAUGCUGGCUUGAAUCAGAAUGGCAUUCAUGUUCUAAGCUCAGGUGGCAUCAGUUGUGGAAUGGAUGCUAUGUUGUAUUUCAUCAAAACUGUGCUUGGGCCGCAAUAUGCCGCAGACAUCGCUACGAUGAUGGAUUAUGUUUGGAACGGAGGUGGAUUCAAUGGGCUAUCUCCCUCCAGCGCCCUUGGUCAGCCAAUGCUAGAAUCACUGGGCACAGGUUGGACUACCAGCCAAAGUUAA